GUUCGGUAGCUACUUCGCGUGAAGAUAUCAUGAUUUCUGUAAUUUCAGCAUCUCGAUUCACUUUCUCCAUUUCCAAAUCCACGAAGCUCUGUUCGUGUUCGAGGUCUAGGGUUUGGCCCUCUUCUUCACUCAGUCUCCGCUCUCGUAACCGAAAUUCGAAUCUGUUUAGCUCCGAUUCUAUGAGUGAAUCCGCUGAAAGUAACUCCGCUCCUCCACCGGACGACAGCGUGGAGAAGACAGCCGACGUUUUGAUUCAGUACGUGGUGCUCCGGAGAGAUCUGAUCGAUUCGUGGCCUCUUGGAAGCGUCGUAACUCAGGGAUGCCAUGCUUCAGUCUCCGCUGUUUGGUUGAACAAAGACGAUCCCCACACUUUCGAGUACUGUAGUCCACACAAUAUCGAUUCUAUGCAUAAGGUUACUCUUGAGGUGAAGGGAGAAACUCAGAUCGUCAACUUGUCGGAGAAACUUAGAGCAAAUUCAAUCGCCCACAAACUAUGGAUAGAACAACCAGAGAACAUCCCAACAUGUCUUGCAACAAAACCCUACCCCAAAUCUGUUGUAUCAGCAUUUUUUAAAAAACUGAAGCUCUGCAAGUGAUGGAAUAUUGAAUUGUAAAGAAUUGACGAGUAGUUUCAUUUGUUAUGCUCCAUUUCUAGUUCAUAUUAAGAUAUGUAUAAUUCUAAUUUCGAAGAUAUCCAGGAUUACAAACCGUUUCUGCAGAGAUCAUGCGGCACACGCGAAGUAGCUCAUAAUCAUAAAAGAGACGUGGCAGAAGAAAGACCAAUUUUUUGGAGCAAUCAAGAACUUGCGUUUGGUUUUCCAGUAAAGGGGGAGGAAGCAGAACCUCCAUUGGCUUUCAACGUCGGUGGCCUGGAUCAUGCCUCCGCAGAAGGGGCAAGCCCCUGGAGCUGGUUGCCUGGACAGCACCCUCUGAUCCUCAUCGCACACGAACACCAAACACAUCUUGUCACCUCCUUCAGUGGUGGACUUGGAAGACUUUAUAGAGAGAGAAAGAACGAAGUUUCAUGGAAUUUGAGGUUUCCUUGGGGUUUGGCCUGUUAUGGUGGAGAACCGCGUGCAUCUAGAAGAUUCUGACCCACUCCAGAAAGAAGGAGAAGAAAAGUAUUAGAUCCGGAACAAAGUCCAGAUGGGGGAAUUUCGUACACUCGUCUUCACAGUAGGAACACGUGGAUCUCCAGAUUUUGGAGCCUGAUCUCUC